AUGCUCUCACAUCGGAGUGUCUCUAUUGCACUGCGUCCACCAGUUGUCUGUCACAACUCUAUUCGCCAUGCCCCGAACUUUCUUGCGCGCCAGCAGACGAAAGGCUUAGCGACUACUACAGCACCGAGCGACUUGGGUAGCACAAUGCCACCAAAUUAUGUGGCUCGUGUUGGACAGCUCAAGACGUUCACUUUGCCCGAGAAGGCCACCGGAUCUCCCGGAGACGUCGAAAUGGGAAAGGCGUUGAUCAACGCGUGGCGUGAAGACGGUAUCCUUCAGAUUGCAAUGAAUCCCAAGCAGCAGGAUCUCUUUAAUAAAGCGUUUGCUGCCAGUAAACGGUUCUUUGCUCUGCCUCCCAAUGUAAAGGCUAAUUGUGUGGACACUCAGAGCUACGCAGGCUAUAUAGCCUCUGGGGAAGAAAUUACAGAUGGCAUUGCUGAUUAUUCAGAGAUCUUUACGGUCACUAAGGAUCUUCCUCUGGAAGAGCCUAGAGUGGCAGCUAAGUGGCCUUGCCAUGGUCCUUGCCCUUGGCCAGAUAUCGAUACGAAGGCCCCUAUACAAGAGUAUAUGGACUCCUUGGGUAGUAGCGGGGAAACGCUCCUGCAGUUGAUUGAACACGGACUCAGUCUGGAGCCUAAGACUCUGACCUCCUUAACCAAGGAUGGAUGGCACCAUCUCCGUACCCUGAGGUUCCCUCAACACAACAAGACUAACGGGAAAGGAAAAGAUGGCCGCGGCAUUGGGUCUCACACGGACUACGGUCUCUUGGUCAUUGCAGGCCAGGAUGAGGUUGGAGGCCUAUUUAUUCGGCCACCUUACUCCGAUGAGAAGCUCGAGAAUUGGAAGAGCAGCGCUGCUGGCUUCCGCGAACAUGAUGAUCGAUGGACCUAUGUACCUCCUGUACCCGGAGUCUUCACAGUCGGCCUGAAUACCCGCGAGCGAUACGCCUUUGCCUACUUCCAUGAGCCUAGCUUCCAAGCUGAGAUCUCCCCAAUCGCGAAGCUUUAUGAUGGCAAGCCUCCAGAUGAAAAGAUCCAUUACGGAACCCACUUCACAAACAUGUUCAUGAGGAACUAUCCAGACCGGGUUACAACAGAGAGGAUUUUAAAGGAGGACCGAUUGAAGUUGUUGGAUCUGCCUGAGCUGAGAACCCAAUAG